AGCCGCAUCGUGUUAGUAGUACAUUCAGAGUCGUCGUGCGUGCCAGUGAUAUGCAUAACACAUGAGAGCGUGCUGACAGAUAGAAAGACAGACAUACAAACAGAUAUAUACUACUAUACUAUGCACACAUAGAUAGUUAGAUACGAUACAACUACACCACACUCUCUGCACUACAUGUAUCUCUCGAUCUCUCCUCCGAGAGCGGUCCGUUGACGACGAGAGCGUAUAUUCGCAACAGUGUGCUGAUCAGUUCUACCUGUUAUACGAUUUUGUUUUUUUGUUUGUUGUUGUUGAAUAAUUCCGUUCGCAAUCGCAAGCGAUUGCAGCUUUUGAACUGUUGAAUAAGUUGUUCCUUGAUUUGGAGGAGUGGAACAAAAAGUGAUCUCAGUGCGUUUGGAGAAGGACUUAUUAUUACUGCCCUCCAAAGGGCAUAUGGCGGCCACCACGUACCUUCCAGCAAGCAGUGCGGUUACGGCAUCAGAUUUGGACGGUGGCGUCGGAGUAAUGAAUAUUGUCGGAGGUUAUCACACCAGCGCCUCCCCGAGGUCUGCUGCAGACGCUAGCGAAAUGAAAUACCUGCCACAACAUCACCACCAUCAUCACCAUCAAAUGGCCAGUUCGCCGUCGCCCAGCGGCCACGCGGCCGUCUCCCUAUCCACCGCCAACCCCUGGGUCAGCCUUCAACCUGGAGCUGAUCCAUGGACCGCUUCCAUGGCGGGGAUGCACCACGCACACCAUCAUCAUCCACACCAAGAUGUGAAACCACUGAGUCAGCAGGCUGAUAUGCUGCACCACAGGCAACAACAGCAACAGAGUAUGGGAUCCCCUCACGCGUGGCACGCGCCCGUCUCCUCGGCACAUUACAACCCCGGCGGUGCCGGAUCUCCUCUUCAGCAGUACCAUGCAGCCAUGAACGGUAUGAUCGCCCAUCACCAAGCCGCGCCUCAACUCCACCAUCCCCUGCACAGAGACAUGCAAAGUCCGCAUCACGUACAACAUCCCGGCGAUAGGGACGUGGUGAGCGGCGGUGAAGACGAGACUCCCACCAGCGACGACCUCGAAGCAUUCGCAAAGCAAUUCAAGCAGAGGCGUAUCAAGUUGGGUUUCACUCAAGCGGACGUUGGUUUGGCACUUGGCACCCUGUACGGCAACGUAUUUUCGCAGACGACGAUCUGCAGGUUUGAAGCGCUGCAACUUAGUUUCAAGAAUAUGUGCAAGCUGAAGCCUUUGCUGCAGAAGUGGCUGGAGGAGGCUGACUCGACGACGGGAUCUCCGACCUCGAUCGAUAAGAUCGCAGCACAGGGCAGGAAGAGGAAAAAGCGCACCAGCAUAGAAGUGUCGGUGAAGGGCGCACUCGAGCAGCACUUCCACAAGCAGCCGAAGCCGUCGGCACAGGAGAUCACGUCGCUAGCAGAUAGUUUGCAAUUAGAGAAGGAAGUUGUGCGAGUGUGGUUUUGCAACAGGAGGCAGAAAGAGAAGAGGAUGACGCCGCCCAACACUCUUGGCGGUGACAUGAUGGACGGCAUGCCACCAGGUGGACACAUGCACCCCGGCUACGGCCACCACCCCGACAUGCACGGCUCCCCCAUGGGUCAGCAUUCGCACUCCCACAGUCCGCCAAUGUUAUCCCCCCAAGGCAUGGGUCACCAGUUGACGGCCCACUAGCAUCCAGCCCACUGGGCCUCACUACUCCACCACAGCGAUAAUGGCUAGCAGCGAUUUCAAAAUCCCCAAGAUUUACUCUCGAAACUUGAAUAGGAAGCGACGGCCCGUCCAAAUAACGGCGCAUAGACACUUUUAACUAUCUUAUAUUGCUACCUCAGCAACAACCACCCCGAUAGAAAUUCGCAUCUUGGGGGAGUCAGUGGGCACCAGUGAAACUUAACACAAGAAUAUAUAAAUAAUAUAUAUAUAAAAAUAUAUAGCGCCUCAGUGCGCGAGUGUACCUUAACUUAACAAAAAGAAUAAACCUAAAACACGAACUGUAAAUUAAUGUAUAUAAGAAGAGAGUGAUAUUGAGACGCUAACUGCAGCGGACGUGUAAUAUAUGAGGACGAGAAGAAUUAAUCGAAGAUUUUAGAAGCAUUGUACAUAGACGUGAGAAGGAGUCGAGAAGACGAGCCAAGGGACUUUUGAAGGACUUACAAACCGAAGACGCAGAGAAGAGAAAAAACAUUGCGGUAGCAAUUUCGUGAUUUCUACUAAAAACAUAAAUAAAUAAAAACAAAAGAUUAUGAGAAUAAUAAGAACAUCUAAGUUAAAUUAAUUAAAUAAAAAAUAAAUAAAUAAAAAAAAAUAUACACCGGGACG